AUGGCUAUAUCUCAGCAGACCGCCUCAUCAGGAAACCACAACCCCUCAGCACAAAUCGUUGCUCAUCAAAAUCAGUAUCGCCAGAGUAAUAGGGCCCAUGGACAAGCACCUUGCCUGCCGCAACCCGGCCGAGCCAGUGGUUCUCAGUCUACCUUUGUGCAGCCCGCCCGAAACAUAUUUCGUGCAAGUCCUGGGACCACCGGCAAAUACCACCCAUAUCUUCCUACGCAGAGAAACCCGGUGGAUCUGCCCCAGGCUCUACCGCCGACUUAUCGAAAAGCCACUGGACAUGGCUCGCGUUACAGAACUGACAUGCCACCGCCGUCCGAGGUUCCUACUAAUCGGCGGAUGGCACCACCGCCUCGAGGAGCUACUGGAAUUGUGGAUGGGUUUGCACCUGGUCGUCGGGAUGGAUCCUCCGAUUUCUUCUGGAUGCCUGGCUCGCACACCCAAUCUCCUCGGAAAUCAGCGAUAACGACACAUUACAACUUGACGAGGAGCGCAACCACCAACGACACCCGGAAAAUCGACGUACCAAAGCAAUUUACGCCACGCUCAACACGCCCGAACCAGAUGAUCAAAAAACCAGUUACUCAGUUAGCGCACGAUCUCGCGCCAAAGUCCCCCGACGUAUACCCCAAGUACGAGGUGAAAGACGAGGAGGCGAUGGCCACAUCUCUCCCAAAAUUCAUGAAGAAGUACGCCCCACCGUUCGAUCGCGACGUGAACAACGCACCGGCUCUACUAGUGGACGAGCCCUACUUACAGGACAAGUUCCCGUAUCCUUGCAAAGACGUGGAUGCGCAGACGAGGCACGCGUGUUUAAUCGGCUAUCCCAUCAGACAGACAAGCCGCAUCGUCGCCCCCGAUUCUAUCCUCCACCAAUUGACUCGCGGGCCCGAAUGGAACGACCCGAUGAUUUCUCUAUUUGUCCCCGUUCGCAUCCCCACACCCACCCUACCGUGA